AUGGGGAUUUCCAAAGAGGACAGGUUUCAGAGCGCAAGAGAAUGUGCAGGGUUCAAACCCCCUCACGCCAAACAGGAUGAGAUCGAACACUGGUGCAGUGCUCUGAAGGACAUCGGCAAUACGCUGAUGUCUACUGAAAAACCUGGAACCCGAGACCCUGAAUCCGAUGACAGUGAGGAUAGAAAAUUCACUAUUAACUUAGGUAAAAAUGGAGUGAAGUAUGUGGUGAAAGGCAAAGCCAGUGACAGUAUUUACACGGCCCUGAUGGCUCUGAAACGUAUUCGGACUCACAUCGAGAAGCAGCAGGGCAAGGAGACGUAUCUGCAGGGGAAGAGGCAGAUUAAGGGGUUUGUGAAGUUGGGAAUGACCCUCAAGUGCCUUCCUCAGAAGUCCCACUUUGCAAUGAAGUUUUAUAAAGUGAAGAGAGACCAGAAAGGUGGUGAGCAAGGAUAUCGCCAGCUCGACAGCACAAGGACUGAAUGCAUUGUAUUUUAUAUCACUUCCACUGGAAAGAAAGGGCCUGAUGGGGUGCAAAUUCAAAAAAUAAUGUUGUGCCAGGAGCUUACAAAAGAGUGUUGCAAGAUAUGUGUCUUUGCCCCAAAAGGGGAGACCAUCAAGACUGCUCUGAGCAAGGAUGGAUGGUUUUUGCCCCUCUUGGAGGAAGAGGAGUGGUAUCUAGUGGAGAACAGCGAAACAUUCCACUAUAGUCACAAUUUUGUCAAUCUUAUCAGUCAUUUGAGUGAGGUGCAGGUUGUAUCUGAGCGUGCCGUUAAGGCAAGGAAUGAGCAGCAUGGUGGGGCCACUCGGGAGCGACGGGGGACAUUCUAUCAAUUUAACCUAGCUGUUCUGGUACAGUAUCCUGAAUUAAAGAACCAAAGUGAAUUGAUCAAAGAGUUCUUUAAGGAGGAGGUUCGAGAGUCAGGCAAACACAUCAAAGCUCUGCUGGAACUGCAUAGAAAAAAUUUUAGUAACGAGGCGAAGAACUCCACUCCAGUUCGGGUGCAUAGACUCCUUGCUGGACUCAGCAACUCAGUAGGGUAUGUAGAAUGGGACUACAAUGGAAACAGGGGCUGUGCCACUUGCUUUGUAUUAUGUGAUGGGUACAUCCUCACCUGUCAUCAUGUGGUGAGCAGUGUAGCAGGACCAGGAGUCGAGGAGCAGCACUGGGCAGAAAUUAGUCAGUCUGUCAAGGUUGCCUUCUCUUAUGAAAACAAACACCCUAAGGAGGAUGAUUGGUUCUACAUAGAGCCUUGCUUGGAAGUCUCAGACCAGGCUCUUGAUUACGCCAUCUUGAAAUUGAAGGAAAGGAGCUCUAAAUUCCCAAAUGGGUUGGCAAAAUAUAUAUCUUCACCACCAUGUAGUAGCCUGAUUUAUAUUAUUGGCCACCCAGAUGGAAAGGAGAAGUCCACAGAUGGUUGUUCUAUAGUAGCCCCACUUGAGCGGGGGUGGAGAUGCAGAGAACGCCUCCAGAAAGGGCAGGUGGAAGGCCACAGCAGCACCAGUUGUGGUACCAUCCCUGAGAGCAGAACCAGCCAGUGCAUCCACAUGUUCACGCCUAGGAGCUUCCAGGAAGUGACUGCCAAUCCUAACAUAGUCACCUAUGACAUCCGCUUCUUCUGUGGCUCCUCUGGCUCACCUGCGUUUGGUGCAUCCGGAUGCCUGAUCGCCAUGCACACCGCUGGCUACUUGUACAAUUACUGUAAACGGGAGCACAGCAUUGUUGAGUGGGGCCAGUUGAUAAAAGCCAUUUUGUCUGAUAUCAAAAAGAUGAAUCCAGAGUGGUAUAAGCCUGUGCUCAAAGGCCAUCUGAGAGAUGCUGAGGCUCCCUCUGGCGGCUCUGAGGGCACUGCAGAGGUUCUCCAUAAUAACCGCAAGGGAGCCCCCAGCGCUGAGACCAAUGAUGUGGUAAUGGAAAGUGACAGCGACUUGGAAAAUGAGGCCUUAGUGGCGGAUUUAAUUCCAUCUCCGAGACCCAGGGCCUGA